AUGGCAGGACAGCAGCCCCCCCGCAUUCACAAUGAGAUCUAUCCUUUCCUUCAUCCAUCGAAGUUCAGAAACUCCUUAGAAGGGCAGAAUGUUCUAAUCACUGGUGCUCUGGGCACCAUUGCCGGCGCGACCGCUGAAUGCUUUGCUACUGCCGGUGCCACUCUCCUCCUAUCCGAUAUACAGCCUUCGCUGCCAGACUUUACCAAGGAUCGUCUUUUACAUCUUGGUGCUAAUGCAGUGCACUAUUAUCGCUGCGACGUCGGGAACCCCAAUGAAUGCGAGGAGCUGGUGAAACAAGCCGUUUCCACUGCAGGUGAUAUCGAUGUCCUUAUCAAUGGUGCCGGAGUUGUUGGUAUCCGCGUGUUCCAUAAGCAGGAUCCUGCUAUCUUCAUUCGGGACAUGGCAAUCAACUUCAACGGACCACUCGUUCUGACGCGUUUGGUGUUACCUGGCUUUAUUGAAAGACGUCGAGGCUGCGUGAUUAAUAUUGUGUCCAAGGCGGCUACUGUUGACUUCCCAUUCAACAUUAGUUAUUGCACCAGCAAGGCUGCUCUGACCAAGUUGACGAGCGUCCUCCAGGCCGAGGUUGAUGAAGUUGCUCCAUCAUCUGAUAUCAAUCUAUACGCGAUCCAUCCAGGCGCUAUACGUUCGGGCAUGAAGACAGCAGAUGGGCAUCAAGAUGUUGCGCUUGCAGAGUUCCCUCAGAUCAUGGCCCACUUCGAUGAGUGGAUGAAAAGGUUCACUGGCUCGCCUCAUUUGGCUGGCAUGUCAUGUGUAGCUCUCGCGACGGGCAUUGCGAAAGAUGCGCUAAGGGGCAGAUACUAUGAUGUAGAACAGGAUCUGGAGGAUGUCAUUUCCCAGGCAUCGUUGUUGAAGGCGGACCCGCUGCUUCACCGUCUGCAUAUCAGUAUGCUCGGGUCCUUUGAGCGAGAGGAGGGUGCUAUUGCCCAGGAGCCGGAGGAGAGGUUCGACUUCCCUGGCUUCUAG